AUGGUAACGCCUCUUACCCUUUUUCUCCCCGCCGUCCGAGAUUCUUGACGUAGGGCUUGUAUUUCCGGAAUUGUCUCCGGGCUUUACUGAUGAUCGCUCUACCCUCCGAGUUUGCUCAUGCGUGGUGUUUUAUGGGGGUUGCGUGAUCGGAACAAGCUCCUCCUCCCAACAGAUUGAUUAGAUCCCUCUCGUGAUUAUUUUCACCCGCGAUCUAGGCUUUGAUUUUUCGGCCUUUUUGUGUUUCUAUGUAGUGCUCGUGCAUCCCAUUGUCUGCCCGUAUUUUCGAUAUUCAUGGAGGGGUCUUUUUGUGUGCCUUUAACUAUUUCUGCCGGAAUUAUUUGACACAACUUGCAGGUUGUAUCUGUUGGUGCCCAUUAGAUCCUAGAGGUUGGGGAUCGAUUGGGUCGAUUCUUUUUUUGGCACAUGGAGUCUGUUUUUUCCGUGAACUUUAACCAUCCCUGAUUGAUGCGGUGGACGAAUUGUGCAUGUCACAUUUUUGUCUGUGGUCAAAGAAUUGUGAUGAUUUGGAUUACCGUUGCCUGAUUUUUUUUCUUUUCGUAAUCGUUUAGCUUUUUUUGUCGUGUUGAUAAUUUUGUUGGAUUGAGAAGAGAAAGUCAUUUUCAUAUAAUCCAUUUCGUCGGAUAGGUUUUUUUCUUUUUCUCUGUUUUUGAAUUUCUUUGGCAAAUUGCCUCACCCCGUCAAAAACAACAAUGAAUGAAACGGGUGUCUCAAAUCUUUAGUUUUCUUUAUAUCGUGCGAUCAUUGUUCUUUCCUUAUAUUUUUCGCUAAUGGAUUUCUCAAACAACCGUGUAGAUAUGAUCUCCGAUCCUCCGUACAUUCAUGUGUCUCACUUUACAGGCCAAUGCAGCGUCUGGUAUGGCUGUGAAUGAUGACUGCAAGCUGAAGUUUUUAGAACUGAAGGCCAAGAGAACCCACCGCUUCAUAGUUUACAAAAUUGACGAGAAACUGAAACAGGUUAUAGUGGAGAAAGUUGGGGAGCCCGCUCUUACUUACGAGGACUUUGCUGCAAGUCUUCCUGAAAAUGAAUGCAGAUAUGCCAUUUAUGAUUUCGAUUUUGUGACUGAAGAGAACUGCCAGAAGAGUAAAAUAUUCUUCAUUGCAUGGUAAUAUUCCCAUGGCCCGAUUUAGUUGAUUUUUUUGUAUCUUCUUCUCCUUAUUAAUCACUGUUUUUCUCCCCAUCCUUUACCCCUUUUGAUAAAGGUCUCCUGAUACUGCUAGAGUGAGAAGUAAGAUGUUGUAUGCAAGUUCAAAGGACAGAUUCAGGAGGGAGCUAGAUGGCAUUCAAGUGGAGUUGCAAGCUACUGAUCCAACAGAGAUGGGGCUUGAUGUCAUCAGAGGCCGGGCCAAUUAA